GUUUUAAUUUUCGCCUCUCAAUUCCAGUGAAACCAAAGGAUCUAGACAAUGGAGAAGAAGAAGUAUCCGAUUGGGCCAGAGCAUUACUCUCUCUACGAGGUUAUCGGACAAGGUGUUAGUGCUUUAGUGCACCGUGCUUUGUGCAUUCCCUUCGAUGAAGUCGUUGCCAUUAAGAUUCUUGAUUUUGAACGCGAUAACUGCGAUCUGAACAACAUCUCUCGUGAAGCGCAGACGAUGAUGCUUGUUGAUCAUCCCAAUGUCUUGAAGUCUCAUUGUUCCUUUGUUAGUGAUCACAAUUUGUGGGUCAUCAUGCCAUACAUGUCUGGUGGUUCUUGUCUUCACAUCCUAAAAGCUGCAUAUCCUGAUGGUUUUGAAGAAGCUAUUAUAGCUACUAUCUUGCGUGAAGCCUUGAAGGGAUUAGACUAUCUCCAUCAGCAUGGCCACAUUCAUCGCGAUGUCAAAGCGGGGAAUAUUUUGCUUGGUGCUCGAGGUGCAGUCAAGUUAGGAGACUUUGGUGUAUCUGCAUGUCUCUUUGAUUCAGGUGAUAGGCAACGGACAAGGAACACAUUUGUUGGAACACCUUGCUGGAUGGCACCUGAAGUCAUGGAGCAGCUACAUGGUUAUGACUUCAAGGCUGAUAUUUGGUCGUUUGGUAUAACUGGGCUAGAGCUUGCUCAUGGUCACGCUCCUUUCUCUAAAUAUCCACCAAUGAAGGUUCUGCUUAUGACGUUGCAAAAUGCACCACCAGGCCUGGAUUACGAAAGAGAUAAGAAGUUUUCCAGGUCUUUCAAGCAGAUGAUCGCCAGUUGUCUAGUUAAAGACCCUUCCAAACGCCCCUCUGCAAAAAAGUUGUUAAAGCAUUCCUUUUUCAAGCAAGCAAGAUCAAGCGAUUACAUUGCACGAAAACUUCUGGAUGGGUUACCAGAUCUUGUUAAUCGUGUUCAGGCAAUAAAGAAAAAGGAAGAAGAUAUGCUUGCACAAGAGAAAAUGGCAGAUGGAGAAAAGGAAGAAUUGUCCCAGAAUGAAUAUAAGAGAGGUAUCAGCGGGUGGAAUUUCAAUCUCGAUGAUAUGAAAGCCCAGGCUUCAUUGAUCCAGGACAUGGACUGUGGCUUUUCGGACAGUUUAUCGGGAAGUACAACUUCGUUGCAGGCUCUUGAUUCACAGGAUACACAAUCGGAGACUCAGGAGGAUGUUGGUCAAAUAACAAAUAAGUAUCUCCAACCCCUGAUUCACCGAAGUCUAAGUAUCGCGAGGGAUAAAUCUGAUGAUGAUUCAAGUCUUGCCAGCCCCAGUUAUGAUAGCUACGUAUAUUCCUCCCCCCGUCAUGAGGAUCUAUCUUUAAACAAUACAACUGUUGGUAGUAAUCAUGCAAUCAAUGGGAAACCAACGGAUUCCACAUCAAUCCCAACCAAUCAACCAACAGAGAUUCUAGCAGGGAACUCUGCUUUGGCAGAUAGAAAUGGUGCUCCCAAUAAAGGAGAGAGUGAUAAAACUCAAGAUCAUCUUCAAAACGGGUCAAACUGCAAUGGGGCACAUCCUACAGUGGGAGGAGAUGAAGUACCAACGGAGCUGGCUGUUAAACCACCCAAAGCAGCAUCAAGCCUAGAUGAAUCUGAUGACAAAUCAAAGCCACCAGUUGUGCAGCAAAGAGGGCGUUUUAAAGUAACUUCUGAAAAUCUCGACAUAGAGAAGGUGGUGGCUCCCUCUCCAAUACUGCAAAAGAGUCACAGCAUGCAGGUGCUCUGCCAACAUUCUUCUGCUCCUCUACCUCACUCUGAUGUCACGUUACCAAACCUAACCAGCUCAUAUGUUUAUCCGCUGGUCUAUCCAGUUCUGCAAACUAAUAUUUUGGAAAGGGAUAACAUUCUGCAUAUGAUGAAAGUACUCACCAACAGAGAGCUGACAGAUGGACGUGCAGUAGAACAAGGAAGCGUACAACAACCUACUGUGCCUCCAACUGAGAAAUCCAUGCUUGAAGCAGCACACGAAAGAGAGAAAGAACUGCUCCACGACAUAACCGACCUGCAAUGGAGGCUCAUUUGUGCAGAAGAAGAGCUUCAGAAAUACAAAACCGAACACGCUCAAGUUUGAUUUCCUAAGAAACCUGAGAAGAUAUGUGGCAAGUAUAAGAAGUUUGAUUUCAUCGUCAACAAUAAGUACUAUUUUAAUAAGAUAAUACAUCUAAUGAAGGUAAGAUUUGCUU